GUUUAGAAAGAGACAACAGACAAUAAGCGAGAAACACACGGCAGUGGAUGCCCCCACCAAUCAGAAUGUUGACCCUUUCGACGCUGCUCUGCUGCAUGAUGGGGCUAACAUUGGGCUACCAGCGGCAGUCUGUGAGCAACAACAACAAUCACAACAAUGUAGAUGCAAAACCAACACAUCUGCCGCCAUUACACUAUCCGCAUGGCCACAAAUGGAAUGAGCCGUAUUUCGAUUUGACAAUGCCAAGGAAUAUCACAUCGCUGGUGGGCAAGUCCGCAUAUCUGGGCUGCCGGGUCAAGCAUCUGGGCAACAAGACGGUCGCUUGGAUACGUCAUCGGGAUCUGCAUAUACUCACCGUGGGCACCUACACCUACACCACGGAUCAGCGUUUUCAGACCUCCUAUCAUCGCGAUAUUGACGAAUGGACAUUGCAAAUCAAAUGGGCCCAGCAGCGCGAUGCUGGCGUCUACGAAUGUCAAAUAUCGACGCAGCCGGUGCGCAGCUAUUCGGUCAACUUGAACAUUGUGGACCUAAUUGACGAGGAGACUAGCAGUGUGAUGCAGCAAUAUUACAACGACGAUGCCUUCUACAUAGCCGCGGAUCGGGUCUAUCAGUCCAGCGAUGACGAGUUUGCGGGCAUGUUUGGCCCCAUUCAGACAGUUGCGGUGCCCACGGCCACGAUUCUCGGCGGACCCGAUCUGUAUGUGGACAAGGGCAGCACCAUAAAUCUAACGUGCAUCAUUAAGUUCAGCCCGGAGCCACCGACACACAUCUUCUGGUAUCACCAGGACAAGGUGCUCAGCGAGGAGACUGCGGGUGGCCGGUUGAAAUUUAAGACCAUUAAAUCGGAGGAGACCAAAUCAAUUUUGCUUAUCUACGAUGCGGAUUUAUUGCACUCUGGCAAAUACUCCUGCUAUCCAUCAAACACAGAAAUUGCCAGCAUACGCGUCCACGUGCUGCAGGGCGAGCGACCCGAAGCCAUGCAAACGAAUGCGGCGCCAGCUGCCGUCGCUUUGGCCUGGGCCGGCCACACGAAACAGGCAACGCAGGCAGUCAAAGUAAUUAGCACAAUGGUUGCGGCAUUUGUAUUGUUGGAGGCCUGCUGCACGCUGCUGCUCCAGGGACAAGGAGGCGGCAGAGGUGGGCGCGAGGCACAAGAAGACAGAGCACCACCGGAGCAGAGUCAAGCGGCGCAGACGAACAGGAACAGCAACAGCAACAGCAACUGCAACUGCAACAGCAGCUGCCCUAACCGCGACCAUGUUGGCCAGCGGACGACGUCAACCUCGGGCAACCAUGUCAAUAAGAGCAGAACAACUGCGCGGUGAUAAAUUAAAGCUGCCCGGUUAGAAGCGCCACAGAAACGCCACCGCCAAUGCGCCGCCAGCCAAGCAGCAGUACGUAACUAAGUGGGCUGCCCACUAGAGGGCAAUCGAGAUGUGAGGCCUGGCUGUCGCUCAAACGUUGCAGAUGACGCAGUGCAGCAGAGGCUGCGCCGGUGCCACUGGCCGCAGCUGUAAUGCCAAAUACUAAAACAAGAAAGGUAAGCUAAUUACGCUAAUGAUGAGCCGCUGCAUACGAUUCGUCGACGACUGCUCCGGCCUGCUGCAGCGACUGCUUCUCGAAUACUCUCUAAGUUGUAAGUAGGUGCGUGUAUAAUUUAGUGGGCUGGGACUAGCUGGAGCUGGGUACAGCUGUGUACAUAGUACUCUUACCUAACGCCAUAUGCCAGCACUAGACCCAUUAGUAGAAUAAUGUAAGAAAGUUAAGUAAUCGAAGAAACUUAAAUAAUGUGUAAAUCAUAUAUGCUACUCACUAAUAGAGGUAACCAUUCGG